AUGGUGUCAUUGAAGUUCCAAAAGCGUCUGGCUGCCAGCGUUCUCAAGUGUGGAAGAGGCAGAGUUUGGCUUGAUCUUAAUGAAGGAAACAAAAUCUCCAUGGCCAAUUCUCCUCAGAACAUCAGAAAAUUGGUGAAGGAUGAUUUCAUCAUCAGGAAACCAACCAAAAUUCACUCGAGAUCUCGUUCUCGCAGAAUGAAGGAAACCAAGAGGAAAGGCCAUCACACUGGAUAUGGUAAGCCCAAAGGUACCAAGAAGGCUAGACUGCCUACCAAGGUGGCUUUGGAUGAGGAGAAUGGAGUUCUCUGGUGUUUGCUUCACAAGUACAGGGAAUCAAAGAAGAUUGACAAACACAUGCAUCAUGACAUGUAUAUGAAGGUGAAGGGUAAUGUCUUCAAGAACAAGCGUGUGCAGAUGAAAAAUAUCCACAAGACAAAGGCUGAGAAGGCUAGAGAAAAGACCUUGUCCGACCAAUUUGAGUGA